GAAAAACAGUUUUUCAAAUAGGGUGUCAAACAGGUGGAAGGAUUUUUAUUGUUCUUUGGAUAUGGGCUUCUGUACUUUUUGAAGUGCAUAGCAUUAGCAGAGAGCGUGUUAACUAUGGGAGAAGAUGAAGAAGAAAAACAAGAAAUAUGGAGUUGGGGAGCAGGAACAGAUGGGCAACUUGGCACGUGCAAGCUCCAAGACGAGCACUUUCCUCAGCUACUCCAUCUCCCUUCUCUUUCUUCAGCCGGACCCAUUUCUAUGCUCGCCUGCGGUGGUGCUCAUGUUAUUGCCCUGACCUCCGUUGGAAAGGUCCUGACAUGGGGAAGAGGCACAUCUGGUCAACUAGGCCAUGGAGAUACUGUUAAUAACCCACAUCCAAAGCCUGUAGUCUUUUCUGAAAGUUGCUUUGUAACUCAUGUCUCUGCUGGGUGGAACCACUCUGGCUUUGUUUCAGAUGGAGGAUCUGUUUUUACUUGUGGAGAUGGCUCAUUUGGUCAGCUUGGGCAUGGUGAUUUCAAGUUUCAUUGCUCUCCUGUUAAAGUGUCGUACUUUAUUAACAAACAUGUUGAACAGAUAGCAUGUGGUAUGCGCCAUUCAAUUGUCUUGUUGAAAGGUCAUUCUGGAGAUCAAGUUUAUGCCUUUGGGUCUGGGAAGCGUGGUCAACUGGGUAUCUCGAAGGGUAGGGUUAAUUCAGUUUGUCUUCCUGAAGUUACUUGUGGAUUGGAAGAUGUUGAAAUUGUAAGCAUAGCUGCAAAUGGAGAUCACAGUGCAGCAUUAUCUACUGAUGGGCGUUUAUACACUUGGGGAAAAGGGUUUAAUGGCACUACUAAUGCUUUCUGCCCUGUAUGUGUACCUGAAUCAUUGUGCUUUACAGAAGUCGCUCUUGGAUGGAAUCAUGCUUUGCUAUUAACUGCAGGUGAUGGAGAAGCCAUAAUGCUUGGCGGGAACAACCAUGGAGUCCUUAGCAAUCCUGAUAAAAUGAGUUCAGUCAAGCAGUUACAAGAUUCAAGGGGAGCUAAUCUAGAGAGAGUCCCUGCCCUUGAAGGGAAAAAGGUUUUGCAUAUUGCUGCUGGAGCUGAGCAUUCUGCUCUCAUCACAGCAGAAGAUGGAGUAAUUAGGUCAUGGGGAUGGGGUGAACAUGGUCAGCUUGGCUUAGGGAACACAUGUGAUCAAAUGAGACCUGAAGUUGUAAUUCUGAGUCAAGAUGUUCAUAAAGAAGCUACCAAAAUCAAGGUUUAUUGUGGAAGUGGGUUUACAAUUGUCUUAAGAUCCCUGGCUCAAACCUCAGCCUUCGAAUGCUGAGGUAUUACGCGGUCGACCUUAGCCAUCCCAAAUUAAUUGAUUCCUUAAAAAUUAAUUUCUCAAAAUGAAAGUAGAAAUGUAUCUACAUCCCAUACAAUGUUUCUUGCUUUUUUGGUUUUUUUGUUUUUUUUUUUUUUUGUUUUUAAUAAUUCUUAAUUAUUUAGGAUUAUUUUUGUAUAGAUAUUGGGUGGAUAUCAUUGUAUUUAUUUGGAGAAGCAUUGGUUUUGUUGAGGGGAAAGUUACAGAACAAUUGGUUUAAUCUCUCUCUUUUCUAAUGUAUCUUGGCGGUGGGAUUGAACUCAGAGAA